AUGGAGGUAGCCCAAGAUGAGAAGCGUUUGCGCCCAAAUUCUUAUGCUCCGUCGCCAACAGUCCAACAUCACCGAAUGCAAGCAUCCGACCCUGCGUCGCACAAUUAUCCACAGCCUUCGGGCGCUGGAUCGAAUUACGGCGCUGGCUCAGCGGGAUGGGCACCGCCUCCAUCACCUUUCGCGAACGAGCCUAGACAGAGCUCGGAGGUAUCUCAGCACUCAAAUUCUUACCCACCUCCAAGCCGAGAAAACACCUACCCCUCUGAAGUGCCAUAUGGCAGCAGGGCCGGCUCAAUCUCUGCACAACCUCGAUCGCCCGGUGAUGGAAAUGUUCAAGUCUUGCAUCACGUGAAUGGCACUCUUCCGGACGGGCCGUACCAAUCGCAGCAGGUUCCUCCCGACUACAGGAACAGAGGCGGAUAUGUUCCGCCUGAUGUACCGCCCAAUGGAAGCCAUCCUACAGGCCUUCAUAUUGCUACCGGUCAAGAAGUGAUGCCUGGACAUCAACCAUUCCAACAAACUCCACACGGCCCAUAUUCCUAUCCUCAAUCCGCAGGGCCCGGUCCAGGUCCUAGCCCUGUUCACGACACGUAUUACCAAGGACUACCUUGGAAUCAUCCCGCGGUCAACCGUGAACGGCCUAAGAAGCCUGUUCGGGCCCAGCAGGCCUGUGAUAGUUGUCGGACCAGAAAGGCCAAAUGUGACGAGGCCCGACCUUGCAGUCAUUGCAAAGACAAUAGCUUGCAUUGUACAUAUAGAGACAUUCCUCCCCACAAACAAGACAGGAAUGCACUCGCGCUUGAAGCCAAGAUCGACAACCUACAACGAGAAAUGGGCAGCAUGCAGCGUGAGUUGAGCAACAUGCAGCAUGCAACCAAUGAGAAGCUAAAUCAAAUUUUGCACGUAUAUGAGAGGAAAGAAGUGUUGUCACCUCAGAAGCAGGCCACAGCCAGCACAGCGUUACAAACUACAGCCACGUGGCAGUCCUCGCAGGGGCUUCCAGUGGACAACCAGCAGGGCCUUAUGUCAACAAACGCGCCGAAUCAUGUCGACUUCGUCAUCCCUGCCAAUACCGCAAAUAAGGAAGAAAAUUCCCUUCCCCACAGUCACACAACUGCAGCACAGAACCUACUUCUCUGGCCGUCGAUCAAGGAGUUCGGGCUUGAAUCCAACCCCGACUAUGUCAUGAACGAAGAAGAACGUCGAGGAAUAUUACGCCUCUAUGGACGAGGCGAGGGACAUGAUAAAAUGGACAGCGGCCAGGGCCCAGCAAGUCCGGCUGACAGCUCAUCAAGCGUGCGAACCGAUGAUUCGCCUUCCCCACCUGCAGAAUCUCUUUGGGGUUAUGGCUUUCGGGCCCCUUAUCCUUCAAGCCACGGAGAGCAUCCGGGAGGCCUCGGUCCCGAUGGCAAUCCUAACUAUGAACCCGACUUGGUAGACAAAUAUUUCCACAGCUACAUGAAACACAUUUAUAUCCUCCAUCCGUUUCUCGACAAGAAGACCAUUAAAGACCAUGUUGUCCGAUUUAAGAGUAGGUACAGUCGUGACCGUUCGGGGCCGAACCGGAAGAGGAAACAUGAAGCAGACGAUUCGCUCACUCCUGGCCAUGAAUUGUACCGUCCUUCUGCCGCAGCCAACGCCAUAAGCGUCGAACGAUCUGUGAGAAACGCAAUCGUGCUCCUCGUGCUAGCACUCGGCAUGAUUUGUGAUCACAAGGACCCUUUACCUGCUUCACCUCCAGCUUCCUCUUCCGCCACCGUACCAACUUCCGCCCCUACCCCACGAAGCUCAAAUUCAGAUCCGUUCUCCCCACCAGCCGAAUCACCAUAUCACCAGCUGAGCACAAGGUCGCGAGUCGUGGUCGCAAAUAUUCCGGAUAGGCAUGAAGCUGAAAGAAACAAUGUUGACGUGAUUCCGGGUCUGGCCUAUUACAACGUGGCUUGCGAUAUACUUGGCGGUCUCCGGGGAGGGUACGACCUCUCACACGUCCAAGCGGCACUGCUGGCUGGUCUCUACAUGGGCCAGAUAGCCCAGGUACUAGCAAGCCAUGAUUGGAUCACACAAGCCGGUAAAGCUUGUCAGGUGCUGAUCAACCCCAAGAGGUUUCCCGGGCAGAGCAGCACUAAGUAUGUGGAACUUGUGAAAUACGCCUAUUGGUCCUGCCUUCAGCUAGAGAGCGAUAUCCUCGCCGAGUUGCAGCUCCCACAAAGUGGCAUUUCACGAUACGAAGCUUUUAUGAAUGAGUACCUGCCAUACGGUAUUCAUUUUUCGGAUGAAGAGCAUGGAGUGUAUCAGACAGAUCAAAAGGUCCAAGCAGUGGAAGUCAAAUACUACUGCGCUCAGAUAUCGCUUAGGAUAACACUCAAUUCGAUCCACAAUUCGUUAUAUGAAAAGGAAAAGCUUACGCUACAACUACCGAUCCAAAAGACCCUGAUGGUGGCGUUAGAAGGCUGGCGCGAGAUUACACACAAUUGCAGUCCAGAGAUGGCUUGGGAUGACAACAACUACCUCACUCCGGACAUCAACGCCGCUCGCAUGAGAGCUAAGUACUAUGGGGCAAAAGUCAUCAUCAAUAGGCCAACACUGCAUGCUGCUCUGCACGAUGACUGGUCCACGAUAUCUUGUCCGCAGUCAGAAUCUCCCUUCAAUGGCCAAGCACGACUAUCACAGCAAACCUCACCAACAGCCCCACUUAAGUAUCAUACAGCGAGCAUGCAGCACCACGAUGGUUAUGCGGGAUCGCCAGUUCAGUCCGAAAGUCGUCCCGUGAAGACAGUGCAAGCGUUGAAACCCGAGAUACGUCAUGGAGUGAUAGCUUGCAUUCAAGCGGCCAUUCGCAGUACCACAGCGUUUGAUGCGGUGCCGCCCCGCCUCAUUGUUACCAACAUCUUCGGCACUGGGCAUGCUCAGUUUGGCAAUAUGUUGAUCCUGAGUGCCGCCUACAAUUCAUAUCUACGGCCACUUAUUGAUGGGAGGGAGCUGAAGGGCCUCUUCACACGCACCAUCGAAUUCCUGGGAAGGAAUGCAGACAUUUCCCCUCCACUAAAGCGUGACAUGCAGCAUCUUAAACGUCUGGAGGCACAGCUGUUCCCAAGACCUGCACUCGGGAUAACUUCAAGCUUCUCCUCAACCAACACCUGA